UAACACUUCAUUAUUGAGCUCAUAAUGCAUUGCUAAAACAACCACACUCUUAGUCACCAUCAUCCAUUCAGCCAAACAGAUAACUCUGGAUUCUUCCCGAUAACAAUUGGACUAAUGAAGCCUCAAGGGCUCCCCUGGUUGUCGGUGAUGGUACUCCUGCUGUCUUUGCCAUGCUCAUUUUUGCUAGACAUGAAAACAUUUAUUCUUGACUACUCUUCAAGAAACCUUUCUGCUGUUCCUCCUGAUCUGCCACCAUCUACCCAAUGCCUGGAUCUGUCUCAGAAUCGAAUUUUGACCAUAAAUAAACAUGACUUCCAGAGAACCCCUAGGCUCGAUUUUCUCAAUCUCUCCUGGAACAUUCUUCAAGAUAUACACCCAGAUACAUUUUUUCCCACUCCUCUUUUGGCAACAUUGGAUCUAUCCCACAACAACCUGAAAAAGCUGCCCCACCAACAAUACCUACUGCAAGCUAAAAACCUACAAUACUUGGACUUGUCAUCCAACUCGUUUGCAGUUAUGGCGCUUGGGGGUGAGUUUCUCAAACUCACGAAACUUAAGUGGCUUGGUUUAAGUGCGAGUUUAAUUCAGAACAACAACUUUGCUAACAUCUCUGAUCUUCAUCUUCAAACUCUCUACAUUAAUGCUGAAAAUCUAAAGGGGUACGAAAAUGGAAGUCUCACAGGUACAAAGGCAGACAAAAUAGUUGUCCAAAUACCCAACAGCGUACUUGAUCUUUCAAUAAUAAUUGACUGUUUGAUAUCCUUUGAAGAUGUAGAACUAAGGGGAUUAUACAAUCCACAAAACUUCCUUGAAAACCUUUUGACACGCCGAGUACGCAUUCAAACAGUUAAUUUGCAUUUAUCUUCUGUUUGGAGUACCUGGAAAAUAAUAACAGCUCUUACUAAAGAUACUUUCAUGUCAUCCAUAAGGCAAUUUAGCCUGUCUAAUAUUACCUUUCAUGAUAUGAUGGGUGGUGAUGUUGUGAACCAAAACUGCUCUUUAGAUUCCUUCAGUAUUAGACAGGCAUCAGUGACUGUGUUCCUUUUUGAUCAGCAGGAGCUAUAUGACUUCGUCAUCAAUAUACCUGCGAGAAAUCUAACCAUUGCCCAGUCACCAAUAGUCCAUAUGACCUGCCCACAUGUAACAAGCAUAAUACAGAUGCUUGAUCUGUCUGACUGUGUCCUAACUGAAGAAGUCUUUAAAGGUCCCCAAGGAGAAUGUAACAAUUUGACCAGUCUGGAGACACUGGUAUUGAAGGGAAAUAACCUUAGACAGUUGAUGCCACUAACUUUAAGAGUUCAACUGAUGAGCUCUUUAAAAUAUGUGGACUUUAGCCAGAAUUUACUGACUUAUGAGAAAACUCAGGGUAUAUGCACUUGGCCUCCUAAAAUCACCCAUUUGGAUUUAUCUUUCAAUGAGUUUUACCAGACUGUGUUUAAGUGCUUGCCACAUACUCUAGUUAAUCUCAAUCUCAAGAACAAUCACAUCAGUGCAAUUCCUGCAAAUAUCUCCACUCUGAACUUUCUUAAAGCUCUAGAUCUUACAGCAAAUCGUCUACUGGAUCUUCCAGGUUGCCUGGGGUAUCCGAAACUGCAGAAACUUCUGCUACGUGGAAACUUCCUUCAUGUACCAUCUACAGGUGCUCUCAAAACCUGUCCACACCUAACUGUUGUGGAUAUCAGUAUGAAUCCCUACAUCUGUACAUGCCCUUUGCAAGAAUUCACCCACCUUAUUGAUGACAAUGGUACACUGCGUUGGUCAAAUUCUUUGCAGAACAAAAGAAUCAAUGUGGCUCACUGGCCAGAGGGGUACCAAUGUAGUUACCCAGAAUACUUGAGGAAAGCAAUGCUUAAAAACUUCAGCCUGCCUGAGAUCACCUGCAAUGCUGUACUUCUAGCAGUAACUAUUUUGGUCCCAGCUAUGACUUUGGUCAUUGCUGUAGUUUUUCUAUGCCAAAAACUCGACCUACCUUGGUAUAUAGGCAUGAUUUGGAAAUGGACUCGUGCGAAGCACCGUGCCCGAACUUCCCAGCAACAAGAAGAAAAUCUUCAAGGAGUUUGCUUCCAUGCUUUCAUUUCCUAUAGCCAAAGAAAUGCCAGCUGGGUAAUAGGGCAACUCUUACCCAAACUUGAAGGUGAGGACUCUACGAGCAAAAAUCGACUGAGAGUGUGCCACCAUGAGCGAGAUUUCAUCCCGGGAAAGCCAAUCCUGGACAAUAUCCUCUGCUGCAUAGAACAAAGUAGAUGCUGCGUAUUUGUACUCUCCUCCCACUUUGUACAGAGUGACUGGUGUCACUACGAGCUGUAUUUUGCAAGCCACCAGUGGAUAACACGAGGUAUGGACAACAUCAUCCUUAUUCUACUAGAGCCAUUGCCUACAUAUCUUAUACCUUCUAAGUAUUACCAGUUGAAGGCAAUGAUGGCCAGGCGAACUUACUUAGAGUGGCCUCAGGAAAGUGCCAAACAGAGAAUGUUUUGGGCAAAUCUGCGUGCUGCGCUGCAGGCGGACCUACCUGAUCCUGUUGAAAGAGAAUGGGAAUGAGAGGACUGACUGACCAAUUUUAAAAAGAUAGAAGAUCAAAAAGUGCACCACAACAACUAAUUACUAACAAACAGAAUUUAAAAUAGUUGUAAGAUAAGCACUGUAAAUAGUGUAAAUAUUCAUUAAGUUCAAGACAGUUUAUUAUCAUUAUUUAUUUAUUUUUUUGGCCAAGUCUUGAUUUUAAUUCAAAAUUAAUUUAGUAUACAACCAUAUUAAGUAUGCAAGAAUAUUAAUUCAACCAAAUACAAAGACACAAUAAUGAAAAAAAAAGGAAUAAAACCGUUGUAUUAUACAUUAUGUUCAAGUCCAUGAUUAUUUAAGUAAUAUAUUUUAAGAAUUGGAACAAUUUUCAUAAGCAUCAUAC